AUGGGAAAUGAUACAAUUCAAUGCUAUGCCACUCCUGUUUUUUCACUAUGGUCUCCUAGUUAUGUUAGUUUCUCUUUGGUCUUUCGUAGUAUAUACCCCUCUUUGUUUGCAAAAUUGAAAUUUAUAAUUGCAUGUUUCGCGAAAAUGCUUGCAGCCAUUAAGGCUCUUCAGGAUAUGCCUCUCAUGUCUCUUGACUAUGGUUUCCUUGUUAUGCGAGUUUCUCUUUUGUCUUUAAUAGGUAAAUUUGGAUUAUUUGAUUUUCUUACUUAUGAGUGCAGUAACAUAAAUGAGGCCCUGCGUUCAUCAUUGUUGCUUACCAAAGGGAGCAAUGUGAUGCUUAGCAUGUUACAACCAAAGACAGAAAAUCUGCAGACGAAAUCAAUUAAAGAUGUCAACCUGAUGGGUCAGAUUAUCGUUAUCGCGUCUACACUUCCGUUGAUGCUGGUUAUGGCCACAUUAGCACCACCAGUUAAAGGGAAGAUGUUCAAGGAACUAAGUGUUUGUUACACUGUUGUUGCCGUCACUUUCUUUAGCGUAGCCAUAUCUGGUUAUUGGGCAUAUGGCAACGAAUCUGAAGGCCUUAUCUUAAGCAACUUUGUGGACAAUGGGAAGCCAUUAGUGCCCAAGUGGUUUAUUUAUAUGACCAAGUGGUUUUUAAUACAGGUGUACUUGCAACCUACAAAUGAAGUGUUAGAGCAAACAUUUGGGGACCCAAAAAGCCCUGAGUUCUCCAACCGCAAUGUAAUCCCCAGACCGAUUUCCCGGUCAAUAGCCAUUACUAUUUCAACCCUAAUAGCAGCCAUGCUUCCAUUUUUUGGGGACAUAAACUCACUCAUUGGAGCUUUUGGUUUUAUGCCACUUGACUUUGUUUUACCUGUAAUUUUCUUUAAUUUGACAUUUAAGCCAUCUAAGAGAAGCCUCAUUUUCUGGUUGAAUGUUACUAUUGCUGUGGUUUUCUCUGCAUUGGGAGCUAUUGCAGCAAUUGCAGCAGUUAGACAAAUAAUCCUUGAUGCUAAAAAUUAUCAACUAUUUGCUAAUGUAUGA